CCAUUUGAAAAGUAUAAAUUUAUCAAAGAAGAAGAUUGGGAUUUGUUUGUCCAGACUCGACAAAAAGAAGAUUUUCAAGAGAAAAGGCUAAAAGGAAAGACACAUGCAUCAAAGAAUAUCCACCCUCAUAUUUUGUCUCGUGGUGGUUAUGAAAAACUUAGGGCCACCGUAAUGGAAGAGAGGAGGAAAAAAGUGAUUGAAGAGGCCAAAGGUGAUGAAAGUUUGAUGGUUGACCCUCCCGAACUAAAGCGAUAUGAGGCAUGGUUGAUGGCUCGACAGAAGCCAUCGGGAAAUUUUACAUCUGAGGCAACAAACUUAGUAGCAUCUAAGAUUGGAGAGUUAGUGGAAAAAAAUACACAAGGUACUAUUGUCUUUGAAGGGCGUGACGAUAUCUUGACUGUUGCCCUUGGAAUAAAUGAACACCCUGGUCGGAUCCGCACUGCUCCUAGGGGUGUGGGCUUUAAGAAAUUCUAUGGAAAAAGUUCACGCUCCACCUUAGGAGGUGUCUCUCAAGAUGACCUUCUAGCCCACCUUCAAGCCUUGGAGCAAAAAAUGAAUAUAGAUUUCCAACAUAAAUUACAAAAACAUCUCCAACAACAAAGAACAGAGCUCCAACAACAAAUGCAAAAAGAGAUGCAAGAGGAGAGAGCUCAAAUCCAACAAGGAAUGAAACUCCUACAACAGAUGCAAUUGGAGCUCCGCUCCGAGAGGCCUAAAGAGAUGUUUAUAAAAGAGCAUGUAGAAUCUGUGGGUACGAGCACUAACGGAAGUUGCUCAAAGGUUAUGACUACUGAAGAUUUAACUAAAAAAAUGGAUGCUUCUGAAGAUUACCUCAAAAAGAUUAACAAUCUCAAGGAAAAUUCAUUCUCUCUAGAUUUGGAUCAUGAAACAAGUGAACUCUCAGUUUUUAUUGAUAGGGUGGAUCUUAAUGAAUUAACUUCCGGUAUUAAAUGGCUAUCCACAUCUAUCUUGUCUUUAUGGUGCACAUAUCUACAUCGCAUGUGUAUCUCCAAGAAUUUCAACAAACUAUUUGGGUUUCUCGAUCCAAAUAGGAUACUAGUUCACACAAAACCGGCCGAAGUUAUUCAAACAUACAUACAAAAUAAGUUGGAUGGAGAGCCAAAAAAAUGUUAUUUAGGACCAUUGCUAAAUAGCAAUCACUGGCAAUUGUUUGUCAUUUGUCCUGAAGAUAAUAUUAUUUUUUGGUUUUGUUCAUUAAACAGAUCUCCUAAGAAAAAUAUUAAGGUCAUAUUGCAGGGGUAA